CAGUGUUUUCGAUUUUCUCUGAGAUUUAAUUAUUAUCUACUUCCAUUUUAUUUUGUUUACUUUGUCACGCAUAUAUACCCAUCACCCUGCGACCAUGCCCUCUGCGGUGCUGGGAAAGCCUCGCUCCUGUCAGCAGGAUGUGCAUACAUCGCACUCUCACAAGAUCCUGUACAUUGAUGCUUAUGAUUCUUUCUCCUAUAAUGUUGUUGCCAUGCUGGAAGAGGCCCUGGAGGUCCGAGUUACGGUGAUGACGAUUGAUUCCGAAUGGCCGAAUGGGGACAUGAACGGAUUUCUCCAACAAUUUGACGCAGUUGUUCUGGGGCCGGGCCCCGGAAAUCCUGCUACUCCUGGUGAUGUCGGUAUCAUGAAAGACCUAUGGACUGUCAUCGAAGACAACCUGGUACCCGUUCUAGGCAUCUGUCUUGGGUUUCAGAGCUUAUGCUUUCACCAUGGGAUUCCUAUUGAGCAACUUCCAUAUCCGCUUCAUGGUCAGGUUCGUUAUAUCACGCCAGUUGACGACGACGUGUUCCGUGGAGUCCCGGAUUUCGAAGUGACUCUUUACCAUUCGCUGUACGCAGUUACGGAUGGCAGCAGAGGCAAGCUGGACCAGAACGAGAGAAACGGAAGUAGUAAUCGGAAGCUCCCAAGCCCCGAUGAUCUUUCGUUUCUUGCUUGGCUUUCCCUUGAGGAGCCGUCUUCUACCAGUUCGAUGCAGGUUGCGAUGGCUGUACGUCACAGAGAGAAACCUUUCUGGGGCUUCCAGUUCCACCCAGAGUCGUGUAAGUCAGACAGAGAUGUCUGCACAAGAUUAUUGAAAAAUUGGUGGAACGCAUCCCUUCAGUUCAAUAAAAGAACUCGAAGGGUGAUAUCUCCUGAACCUAUAAAACAGGCUGUGAAAUCUAACGGCUUGCUUUAUUCUCCUCCUGAUGUCGUGUCCUACAUGCUGCAAUGGAGCGCAUCCACAUCGGAAUCUUCUGUCAGUCGUUCCGAAUCGCUCGGAAAGCUUACGCCAGAGACGAUAUGUGAAGCUCUCAACGAGCCAGGGUCGCCAACGGUCUUAUUCCAGUCGGAUGGAAGAUACAGCAUUAUCUCGGUGCCAAGUCCCGGAUCUUGGAGGUUGGAGUUUUACGUGUCUACGAAGAGACUGAUCCUGCAAAAGUUACAAUCUGGAUGUGACGCUAAAUCCGUCAACUCGAUUGGUCACGGGCAGAAACAUAACACGACUGCCGUUCAGACAUCCCUUGGAGUCUCCGAAUUCUGGGACAUGCUGAGAUACUUGAUGAAGGUUAAAAGCGUCAGCGCUGGGUGUGAUGAGAUCCCUUUCUGGGGCGGUUUCCUGGGCUACUUUUCUUAUGAAAUGGGAAUUGCUGGCCUUGCUCAUUCAGAAUCUCAGUCCCAUGAGCAGCCUCCGGACGGGCAGUCCUUUGUUGAUAAUCUUCCGGAUGUGGGUCUACUUUGGGUCGAGAGAAGUGUGGUCGUGGACAACGAAACCGGAAGAACAUACGUACAAUCAACGGUACAAGAUGACGAGGACUGGGUUAUCUCGACACUACACAAGCUUGAGCAGCUCUCCAACUCUCCGCAGCUUGACAACUCUCAGGAAGUAGACGAACUACUCAAUCCCGUGUUCGAAAAUGCAGAGAUUAUCCUGCCGAACGAGGAGAAUUACAAGGCACAGGUUAAAGCUUGCCAAGCUCAGCUUGAAGCAGGGGAGUCGUAUGAACUCUGUCUAACGUGCGAGACACCCAUUAUUCUGGAGGGAAACAAAGAUGAAAAAGAUCGCAACUUGCGUCCGUGGUUGCUUUAUCGAAAGCUUCGAAAGUACAAUCCUGCGGCAUUCAGUGCUUACGCGAGACUUGGGGAUGUUAAGAUUGCGAGCAGCAGUCCCGAGUGUUUCCUUAACUGGGAUAGGAAAUCCAUGCUCGAGAUGAAGCCGAUGAAAGGAACAGUCAAGAAGGCGCCUGGUAUCGACCUAGAGAAGGCCAAAGAAAUUCUUGGCUCGACAAAGGAGAUGGCAGAGAAUCUGAUGAUUGCGGAUCUUAUCCGUCAUGACCUGUACGGUAUCUGUGGUUCUUCGAGAGUCUAUGUGGAAAAGCUGCUCGAGGUUGAAGACCACGGGCGAGUUUUUCAGAUGAUCACACAUGUGAAAGGCCACAUUGACUAUCAGAAUCCAGGACACGGGGUCAGGUCCAUUUCCCAACUGCAGGGACACAAUUCGAAUAUGUCUAUGCACGGAAUCACUGCCCUGCAGCGUUGUCUACCUCCGGGGUCAAUGACUGGGGCACCUAAAGAGCGUUCCUGCAUGCAUCUUGGUUCCAUUGAGAGACGCAAUCGUGGGAUAUAUUCAGGAGUCAUGGGAUAUCUCGACCUAGGAGGUGGAGGUAGCUUUUCUGUUGUUAUUCGGACAGCUUUCAGCUACUCCCAAGACACGGAUGAUAAGCAAAUAUGGCGUGUCGGUGCCGGGGGAGCAGUCACCACUUUAAGUACAGCAGAAGGUGAAUGGGAUGAGAUGAUAACGAAAUUGAGGACGGUAUUGAACAUCUUCACACCUUCCAACCAGGUGCGCAAGUAGCAAUUUCUGGACUUGCAUGUCAUUGUUAUGUUUUGAUGGUCGUUCGUGGAGUUUCAUGAGGGGCAGGUUUUUCAACACACGCACUACUUACUGGAUGAUGGCCCGUGUCGUCCAUCUUGAGGACCGGUGUAUGACGAGGCUGGAUAUCGCAUGGGAAAGUUAUUCAACAUUAGCGUUGGUGUUUUGGCGCGUUAAAGAGACAUUGUCUUAUUACAAAAUCAGAGAGAGAAACCUGUAAAUAGUCUAUCUGUUCAUCUAGGACUCGAUAUAAGGUUCAAAAUUUAGCAGCCACGAUUUGCAAGUCAGGAGGGAUAUGGCUCAUCGUUGCAAGGACGCUGCAUCUUUUUGAAAGGAUCCCUACUGUAUCUGUCACGGGCACAGCGUUCUUUGUUUAGCCUCAUGCUAACCCAU